AUGAAGUUGUUGGAAAACGUAGAGCUUGAACAGCUGUCAUACACAUUUGGAGAGCAUGCAAAAGAUUGUUGUAUUGAUGUGAGACUGGAAGCGUAUUCCUGCAAAAUGAUAACAUCUGACAAGAAACAGUGGAAGAAAAGUCAGCAAAAUAGCAGUAAUGCACCUCAACCACUCUCACCACCAGAGAAAUUACCGUGGUUUCCAUCGAAUUCAUCAUGGACGCAAAAUCCACGGUUACGCCAUUUUUCAGAACCCGGUUGUUCCAGUUUGAAUAUUAGUAUUGAAGAAAAUGGCUUGGUAUAUGCAGAUGCAAUUUCCUCUCGAACUCUUUUUGAAUUGAGAUCGGUUAUGAACGCAUCAUUUCAAGAUUAUGAUUUCUCUUCUACAAAGAGCGAAGCAUUUUCUCUCAUUCCUAAUUUUGAAACGUUAGCCGGUUUGGUAGAUUCAAAACUUUCUGCUACAGUGGCAAAUUAUUAUGAGAUUAAAAGAGUACUGUGGGAACGAGUCGAUCAAAUCAUCAAAAUUAGUGAUUGUAAAUUAUACAGUUACCGAACAGGAUAUACCGGCGAUCCGUACUGUGAAGACUUGGUAAUGUGGUCAUUUGCAUACUUCUUCCAUAAUAAAUCUCUAAAGCGCAUUCUCUUCAUGUCAUGUCGUGCAUUUCGAGCUGAUACUGCUCAAAAUCGGUCAGCCGAAGAGUUAUGGGGUGUAGAUGUAUAA